GUUUGGUGUCAGCAUGGUUAUCCCUUUAUUGAGCCUUCAUGUCAAGUCCCUUGGAGCAAGUCCCACAGUUGCCGGAAUAGUAGGCUCCUCCUAUGGUGUUUUGCAACUCUUUUCUAGCACAUUGGUGGGCUGCUGGAGCGAUGUGGUGGGAAGACAGGCCUCCUUGCUGGUGUGCAUUCUGCUCAGCGCCCUGGGUUAUCUCCUCCUUGGAGCAGCCACCAAUGUGUUCCUGUUUGUCCUGGCUAGAGUCCCUGCAGGUAUUUUUAAACAUACCCUCUCCAUCUCAAGGGCCCUGAUUUCUGAUCUGGUUGCAGAGAAGGAACGGCCAGUCAUAAUUGGACAGUUCAAUACAGCAUCCAGCGUGGGCUUCAUCUUGGGCCCCAUGGUCGGUGGCUACCUCACUGAAUUAGAUGGUGGAUUUUAUCUUACCGCCUUCAUUUGUUUUUCUGUCUUCAUUCUUAAUGCUGGUCUCAUUUGGCUGUUUCCAUGGAGUGAAGCAAAACUGGGCAGUACGGGGAAUGGCCCCUGCCUGGAUAAGAAGCAUGUGCUGUCUGAAAAGAGCAACCACAAGUUGCAGGAAGCAGUUGGCACAUGUGGGUCCCAGGCGAGGGAGAAGACCACCUGGCGUCCCUGGGCUGAAGUGUUGUCAACCUUGCAGGACUUGAAGAACCUGAUAUUUUCUGAAAUGUGGGACAUAUUUCUCGUGCGCUUGUUGAUGUCUGUGGCUGUCUUGCUGUACCACAGUAAUUUCGUCCUGGCCCUGGAGGAACGCUUUGGGGUGAGGCCCAAGGUGACAGGCUAUCUCAUCAGUUACAGCAGUGCCCUGGGGGCUGUGGCCAGCUUUGCCCUGGGGCCCAUCCUGCGGCUGUACAGGCACGACUCCUACACACUGCUGCUGCACUCCAGUGCCCUCACCUGCCUGCUCCUGCUGCUCUACUCCGAGGCCCAGACUGUGGGUGCAGUCAUCGUCUCUUCCACCUUCCUGUCCUUCUCCACUGCCAUCGGCAGGACUUGCAUCACAGACCUCCAGCUGACCGUGGGCGGGGUCCAGGCCAGCGGCACCCUCAUAGGUGUGGGGCAAUCAGUGACCGCAGUGGGCCGCAUCAUUGCCCCUCUCCUCUCAGGAGUUGCCCAGGAGGUCAGCCCUUGCGGGCCCCCUAGUCUGGGGGUGGUGUUAGCCUUAGUGGCUGUUUUCAUAAUGUCUCUAAACAAACCUCGCUCCAGAGGUGACAUGAGUGAUAAACUGAAAGGUGAAUAGAAUGGAUUUGAACACAAAGAAACAAAAUUUGAAGUGGUUGUAACACGAGCAGAGGUCUCGAUGAGAAGGGUGCUUUGGACAAGGCAGAUCAUCUCCGGGAAGCUUAUUUCCAGGUGGGUGUGCCCUGUCGUUGGGCUUUCGGGUAGCCCUUCACUGUGGACUGUAAGGCCUGCGGGGUGAUCAGAAGUCAUCACAGCAUAUGGGGAAACUGAGACUGGAGUAAAGCUUUGGCAAAGGGAAGUGAAUCCAACCUUCAUCUGGAAAUGUCCUCUCCCUGCCCAGACCAAUGAGGUUAAAGUUUUCAGGGGGAGAAAGCUGCCAGCUACAGGGUAGGCAAAUGGCGAUAGAAUAACAGAACAUUACAUG